AUGGAGGAUUUCAGCGUUAACACAGUGUUUCACCGCACAAGGACAGAACUUUACAAACUGCCUGCCAGGCUCACCGUACCGGUGGAUAAUCGCCCAAAGGACGCGUGUCUGACGGAAAAGGACGCUAUUGAUCCCUGUCGAUACCUGCGGCUGAAAAUGUUCCGCGAGGAUCAUGGCUCCUGGAUGACCAUGUUCUUCAGCACCAUCCUCUUCCUCUUCAUCUUCUCACACAUCUACAACCUGUUCCUGUUGAUGGCUGGGAGCAUGGAGCCUCACAUGGUGACAGAGUACAUGGGCAUCAGGAAUGAGAGUUUUAUGAAGAUUGCCGCUGUGGGGACAUGGAUGGGGGAUUUUGUCACAGCUUGGAUGGUGACAGAUAUGAUGCUCCAGGACCAGCAUUAUCCAGAUUGGGGCAAAUUUGCCAGAAGGUUCUGGAAACGAGGCAACAACAGGAUCGUCCUUUUCUGGGCAGUCCUCUUCUCUCUGACCUCGGUGGUGGUUCUGGUUAUCAGCACCGACUGGAUCAGCUGGGACCACCUGAACCGAGGCUUCCUGCCCAGCGACGAGGUCUCCAGGGCCUUCCUGGCCUCCUUCAUCUUGGUCUUCGACCUUCUCAUUGUCAUGCAGGACUGGGAGUUCCCUCACUUCAUGGGCGACCUGGAUAUGAACCUGCCCGGAAUGUCAACAACGCACGUGAGGGUCAAGCUUCCUGUCUGCAAGCGAAUCUUUAAAGAGGAGUACCACAUUCACAUCACAGGGAAGUGGUUUAACUACGGCAUCAUCUUCCUCGUGCUGAUCCUGGACCUGAACAUGUGGAAGAACCAGAUCUUCUACAAGCCCUACGAGUACGGCCAGUACGUGGGGCCCGGGGAGAAGAUCUACACGGUGGAGGAGCCCGAAACGCUGAGCAGCUUCAACCACAGCACGCUCACCUACGAGUGGCGCUCCACCACCAUCGACCCCGGAACCAACCGGACCUACGUGGAGCGGGACAUGUUCCUCCACAGCCGCUACGUGGGCUCCAGCCUGGACGUCAAAUGCCUGGCCUUCAUCCCGAGCCUGGCCGCUUUCGUCCUGUUCGGCUUCUUCGUCUGGCUGUUGGGUCGAUUUCAGGAGAGCGAGACCUUUCCCGAAAGCCAAGACAAGAGCUACGAGCGGAUCAAGAGGAAGUCUCCCUCCGAGUACAGCAAGGAGAUGGGCGUGACGCCGGAGGAGCUGCACGCGGCCAUGAGCGACAGCCUGAAAACGUCGGGAACGCCCAUGCUGCUGGCGGUGGACGGGCCUCACUUCGGAGCCACGCCCUCCACCAACUCCACCAUCUCCAUGGAAACCCAGGAGACACAUCCCAGCAUCACGAUUGACGGCGAGGCGCAGGACGAGCCGGCCGUCUCUUUUGAUGUCCACAGACUCUCUCCAUGACGGGAUGUGCCCGGAAACGGAAUAGUAAUGACUCAGCAGCAUCUCAGAUCGUGGCUUGAUUUCAGACGAAAACCAUAACAAGCAAAGGAUGAAGUGACAUUAACGAAGCAGUCGCAUUAAUAUAUUUUUGUAGGAAAAACCUUUGUAAAAGCUCCGGCAACAGUUUCUGAUGCAGCGAUAACAAGUGGAUCUGGAGGAGUGGAGGCCAAACUCUUAAUUGACACGGUGCUCGGCGGGAUUUUGCAUUUUCAUAAAUCACUUUGUCAUGGUUAACUAACGGGUGCCUAUAUCAGAGAAGCGUUCCUAUGGCUAUGACUUGUAGUCAGGCUGAUUUUAUUGCGUCAGAGCCGUGUUACAGCUGAAGUCGUGCCUUGGCAUUUCACAUUUAUACACAGACAGACCAAUAUCCCAACAGUCUCAGAGCUUUUGCUGCAACAACAUAGAAGAUGUCCUGGUUACAGUCUGCCGUAUAAAUGUCUGCCAUACUGUCUCUUUUUCAUAUCCAACCAUUUUUUCUUACCUCAUUUAAUCCUCACGUUAUGUCUUCUUGAUUUAUUCCUCUGUAAUGCCGCUCUUAAUUUAUUUCAAACGUAUAUAUCUCUUGUCGAAAUGACACGAUUAUCGGCAUAAUGUACGUCGAUGACCUUUCACGUCUCCUCACUUGAUAUCAUUUUCAGAGAUAAUAAAUGCAAUCAGCCGAGAUGAAAUGGCAAACCAACAAGCCAGCUCAUGAUUGCUGAUGUGGAUGCUGCUCCUCCUCUGAAUACCAACAGUCAGAAAACCGGGCUUCAGCCUUUGGCUUAAACGAGUGACUGAAGUGCACCGGUGGCUUCUUCUCCAAAGCUCAGGGCUUCUUUGUGUUUAAAUAAACCUUGAAGGUUCUGUAGGCAGUAUUUUUUUGCAGGUUGAUGCACCGAAAUAGUUGCGUGGCACAUAAUCCCGAUGUUGAAAGAAGAAAAGAAAACCCAAACACAGUUCAAAGCUGCAGCGCCUAUCCAUGCACUGGCUUUAAAAGUGGCUUUUUCUAUAUAUUCUUGUGUUGCACCUUAUUUAAAAUAGCUUUUAUGAUUUUGGUAUUUUGAAAAAUAGAAAACAGUUUGCCCUUAGAGUGGAUUUCUCUGAAGUGGACGUAUCAAGUAGCUUCUUCCUGUUUUGCAUUUUAUACUUAUGUUUGUCAGCCUUUCUACAGCAGAGGACUUGGCAAGUGAUUGUGACCAAAGAUGCCAGAUCAUCCAGAGCUUUGACUACCCACACAUACAUGAUGACAGACGCCAUGGCACUAUGGUACGUGCCGCUUCGGUUCUUUGUGUUAAAAUAUGAUUCGCCACGAUUUACUUGUGUCCUCCGACGUAGAGGCAGUGAAGACUUUUUUGCUUGUGAAGUAACACUUGAACGUUGGUGUGGUCACCUGAAAAAAGACUAAAUAAAUACAGACUAUGGAAUGUGCCACCACCUAUAAAUACAAUGUCUUUUUGACAUUUUACACCCUGAAGACAUUUUAAACUAAUUUUACGCUUGGAUUCAAGUUUAAAUUCAAGUUAAGCCAAGGUAAUAACAAUUUAUUUGAAUUCUUCAGUGGAGUAUUUUAUGCAAAACCAACUGGUGUUUGAUUUGGAUCUGUAUUUAUAUAGAUUUGCAUGGACUUUGUGAGAUAAUAUUCCUGUUUUUCAAAGAAAGCGUGAGCAUAUGUAGCUCUUGGGAACGGUGGCACAUUCCAUGUUGUUGUUUUUUGUGUGUUUGAUGAGGCAUACACGUGCAUCUGUCUGUGAAGGUUGCUUUAUACUAAAAAGUGCAUGUUGUGUGUUUGUAAGUGUGUUUGGAGGCUUGUGAAGUGUGUAGGUGUUUGCUAUGAAACUUGUUUUCCUCCCUGCCAUUUUCCAGAGAGGUCAGUCUAUUUAGCAAAAUUGUUUUGCUUCACUUGGUUCUGCCAUUAUCUCUUCAAACAUUAAAGCUCAGUGGUGGAAGGAUCAGAAUAUUAUUUUCACCAAAGAGCUUAACCUCUUUGGACUGGAAGGGCCUUUAAGAGGUCUGUCCUUAAUUCAGUGUGUUCAUCUUGGUUUUGUUUACGCGUCUCUUGAUUCCUGCGGGUCUGUGAAUGCAGAGCAAGUUUUUGUGUGUUUGCACAGUGUGGUCUGCAUCUUUUUGUCGUCAAGAAAUAAAA